UGCUGGCUCUGAAAUCAUUCUGUCUAUUGAGAGAAAGUUGCGACUCAAUUCCUCUUCAGCGAAUCUCUUGAAUUGUACACAAUGGCAUCAGCACUUACAUCAGUCGUUGUCAAUGCUAAAGCCAAGCAUACCGCAACUGUUCUUUUUUUGCACGGAUUAGGUGACAGUGGCUCCGGCUGGUCGUUCCUGGCAGAAGAGCUUUCUGGUUUGUUUCCGCAUAUCAAAUGGGUCUUGCCCAACGCACCCAUGCUGCCUAUUACCCUCAACCAGGGCAUGCGCAUGCCAGCUUGGUUUGAUUUAAAUGGUCUCGACAGAGCCAUCACCGCCAACCAAGACGAAAAGGGUCUCUUGGCGUCGUCAGUUGCUGUGAACUCCUUGAUCCGGAAGGAAAUCGACAGCGGCAUUCCUAGCGAGCGGAUCGUUAUUGGCGGGUUCUCUCAAGGCUGUGCUCUCUCGCUGCUGGUCGGCCUCACAUCCGAAUACAAGUUUGGUGGCGUCGUUGGCUGCAGUGGCUGGUUGCCGCUUGCAGAAAAGUUCCCUGCUAUGGCAUCGGAUGCAAACAAAAAGACUCCCGUGAUGAUGUGCCACGGCGACGCAGAUCCUGUUGUAAAGUAUUCCUUUGGCAGGGAUUCUGCUGGCCUGCUCGAGAAGCUCGGCUACAACGUCAAGUUCAACACGUACCCCGGUCUGGUCCACUCGGCAAGCCCACAGGAACUCCAAGACAUUGCCAGCUUCAUCAAGGAGCGAUUGCCGCCUGUUGAAGCUUAAACGCUGAGAACCAUCAUUUCUAGACUUCUUUAUUAAUUAAUAAACGAUCCUUUGACAGCGUUCUGGGUUUCCAAAAUAAGAACCAAACCAG